GUCAUUGGCCUCCGAUUCGCCGCAAGACGUCAAAAUCAGCUGUUCACAAGCAUAAACACAGCUGUUUACAGCAGUUUUGUUUUCUCGCAAAGUGUGCCAUGUUUCUGCGGUUGCUUCGAAAAUACUCUACUGGAAAGCUCCCCCAAGAUCUGCGCCUGUACGAUGGACGACUUAAGGAAAAGGUUCCGUUACAAAUUCAACACGGCAAACCGUAUAUUUCUUUCUACACCUGUGGACCUACGGUAUACGAUUCGGCACACAUUGGCCACGCCAGCUGUUACGUACGGCUAGACAUUCUGCAACGCAUUUUACGCCAUCAUUUCCAGCUCCCGUUGGUUACUGCGAUGAAUAUUACGGAUAUUGAUGAUAAAAUAAUCGUACGAGCUCAAGAACAACAGACGAACUGGCAGCAGCUGGCCCGCAAGUAUGAGGAUGAAUUUUGGAGUGAUUUGAAAAAGUUAAACGUCCGAUUGCCUGAUGUCAAGCUACGCGUUACCGACCAUAUUCCAGCAAUUGUUCAAUUUGUCCAAACGCUCAUCGAGAAAGGAUUUAGUUACACCACAACGGAUGGCUCGGUUUACUUUGAAACCAGUAAGUACGAACGAUACGGGAAGUUGCAGAAAAUCCUCAUCGAACCGGCAAGUGAAGAAAACAAAGGCUUUAAAAGGCAUCCGUCCGAUUUUGCCCUCUGGAAGGCAUCAAAACCUGGUGAACCUUAUUGGGUAGCUCCUGCUUUCGGUGACGGUCGUCCCGGAUGGCAUAUCGAAUGCUCUACGCUAGCCAGCCAUCUGUUUGGCAAUACACUCGACUUUCAUGCCGGUGGUCUUGAUCUGCGUUUUCCACACCAUGAAAAUGAAGAAACACAGAGUUGCUGCUAUCACAACGUAACGGACUGGGUAACGCACUGGAUACACACUGGUCAGCUACAUCUCACAGGACAAACGCACAAAAUGUCUAAAUCCCUGAAAAAUACGGUAAGCAUUAAUGAGCUACUGAAAGACUACAGUGCAGACGAAUUCCGUAUGCUCUGCCUGUUGUCACACUAUCGCAGCGUUAUCGAAUACGGUCCAGAAGCAAUGGAUACGGCGCGAAACGUUUUACGAAAGUUUGAAAGUUUCUUUAAUGACACCAAAGCCUACAUCGAUGGUCUAAAACCGGCAACGUACGAUGCGGCUAGUACGGACAGUUUGUUUGCUAAACUCUCGGAAGUACGAUCAUCUGUGAUGCAGUGUUUAAGAAACGAUUUCAAUACCGCAAAUUCAGUGAUAGUUCUAGGGGAACUUGCUUCUAACGUACAAAAGUUAAUCAACAGCCAUGAACAAAGUUCAUCCCACUCAUCGCUGAUAGGUGCUUCCAAUGUAGGAGCUGUUCUUGCCGUGACGGAAUACAUUCGUGAAGAACUACUUUCUUACGGGUUGGAAUCCAUCAGCAAACCAUCAACCCGGCUCAGUCAAACCACUAGUGAGACAGAUCAAUCGUUUAAAAAGUUAAUCGAAACCAUCGUGAGCACCAGAAGCGAAAUCCGACAACAAGCAAUGGCAACUAAAGAUGCUCAGCUAUUUAAAGUGUGCGAUUUGUUACGCGAUCGCUUAUUGGCGGCAAAUGUCGAGCUAAAAGAUCACGGCAAAACUUCAUCAUGGAACUUACGGGAAAGAAACGCAAAAUAAAAUUA